GAUGGGACGGGACGGGGGGCACCUUAUAAGCCUUCCUCCCUCCCUUUUGGGCAUCUUUAGGAGCCACUGCAUUUGGCUUCCACCUCUGGUUUGCUGUCAGGGCAUUUUAUGCUCCAGAACCACUUGUCUCAGAAAGGGGAUGAGAUGGGGUCUGCCCUGCCACUCCUCUGUGGCCAUGGCUUGUGCGGCUGCCAGGUCUUGGUUCUCCCUGGAUGGAGGCUGGUGUCACGGGAGCCUCCCUCCACCACCACCCCCAUCCUCUGCCUGAUCAGGGAGGAAGAGGAGAAUGGUGUCCAGGGGCAUUGUCCUGGCUGUGGCCACAGAGAGAGGGGCUUGGGAGAGAGAGGGAGGAGAAGGUGGCAUAGCUCCUCCCCUUCGUGCCCCCCCACUGCCCUUUAAAUGCAGCAGCAUCCAAAGCACGCCUGAUGUUUGGCAGCAGAGGUUCGCUGACUGACACGAGGAGGAGAUGCUCUGAGAGCCACAAGCAGAGAGGAACCGUGGGACAGGUGCUGGGCAGGGGUUCGGCCCACUCCCUCAGGGACGGCAUAUGGGCCGCUGAGCCGAACCGGUGCCUUCUGGAGCCCGGGAUGGAGCCCCGGGGCAAGGCAGGGCUGGCGCUGUGCCUGCUGGCCUUCUUGCUGACCCUGCCGACCCCCGGCGCGGCCUCCCCUUGCCUGGAGCAGUGCCGCUGCUACCUGAACACCCUGCUCUGCCAGGAGCCCAACACCAUCCGGAGCCUGGUGCAGCUGCGCAGCCUGGAGAACUUCACCGAAAUCGUCAUUGAGAACCAGACCAUGCUGACCAACCUGACAUUGGAGGACAUGAAGAACCCCCGAGAGCUGAAGAACCUGACCAUCUCAAAGACGCACCUGCAGUACAUUUCCCCAGACGCCUUCGCAGCCAGCCCAAACCUGACGCACGUGAACCUUGCCUACAACUGCCUGCAGUCCCUGUCCUGGAGGGUCUUCCACCACCUCCGUCUCCAGGAGCUGAUCCUCACGGGGAAUCCACUCCAGUGCACCUGUGGACUCCUGUGGCUGCAGCUGUGGAGGGCGGGCAGGCCGGCCGAGGCAGGGGGCAACCAGUCCUUCUCCUGCAUGGCAGAAGAUGGUACAGAGAUGCCACUGGCUGACAUGAGCAUCCAGGGCUGUGAGGUCCCUGAGGUCUGGAUUGAGUACAAUGAUGCCCCCAUGAGGGAGGGCGAGAAUGCCACGCUGACAUGCCAUGUGGAAGGGCAGCCAACCCCAGAGGUGAGGUGGAGCAUGUCAGACUUUGGACCAAACUCCCACAUCAUCAUUACCCAGAUAUCAGAGUGGGAAACCACACUGUGGGUCCUGGGCGCCUCCAAGGACUUCAACCUCCAGAACAUCACCUGCCAAGCAGAGAACGAGGCCGGCCUGAGCGAAGGGGUGGCACAACUCAACGUGAUAUUUCCCGCAGCGGUCCGUGAGCUGGGUCCCGCCGUGGAGUACCACAAGUGGUGUGUCCCAUUCUCCGUGGACGGCAAUCCCAGCCCCUCCAUCCGCUGGCUCUUUGAGGGCACUGACCUGCAGGAGACCCCCUACAUGCACACCCACCUCUUCCUGGAGGGCCCCCGCAACUCCACCCUCCUCCACGGGUGCCUUUACCUGGAUAAGCCCACUCACCUGGCCAACGGCAACUACACCCUGCUGGCGCACAACGCCCUGGGCACUGAUGCCCGCACCGCCUACCAGAACUUCAUGGACACACCGGAUGAGAACUUUCACCUUGAGGAGCCGAUCCAUGUGUCGCUUCUGCCAAAGAGCGCUGAGGACAGGAACAGCACAGAAGGGGGCCCUGUGGAGACUCCGGAGGAGCACACUGUCGGGAUCUCCGUGGCUGUGGUCCUGGCUGUCUGUGCCUGCCUCUUUCUCUCUAUCAUGCUGGUCAUCCUCAACAAGUGCGGCCAGAACUCCAAAUUCGGAAACAACCGGUCGGCAGUCUUGGCACAAGAGGAGGAGCUGGCCAUGUCGCUGCAGUUCAUGACCGUGGGGGGUGGUGGCGCCGGCAGCCCCCUCUCAUCUGUCGAGAGCAAGCUGGAGGCCCUGAAGACCAACUUCAUAGAGAACCCCCAGUACUUCUGCAACACCAACGUCCACCACAUCAAGCGUCGAGACAUUGUCCUGAAGUGGGAGCUGGGCGAAGGGGCCUUUGGGAAAGUCUUCCUGGCUGAGUGCUACAACCUCAGCCCCACCCAGGAGAAGAUGCUGGUGGCUGUCAAGACCCUGAAAGAGGCCACGGAGAGCGCCAGGCUGGACUUCCAGCGGGAGGCAGAGCUGCUGACGGUGCUGCAGCAUGAGCACAUUGUCCGUUUCUACGGUGUCUGUGCAGACGGCGAGCCCCUAGUCAUGCUCUUCGAGUACAUGAAGCACGGAGACCUCAACCGCUUCCUCCGGUCCCACGGCCCAGAUGCAAAGAUCCUGGACAACGGGAGCAAUGGCCCCUCCUUCGGGCAGCUGACCCUCAGCCAGAUGCUGCAGAUCGCCACGCAGAUUGCCUCCGGGAUGGUCUACCUGGCCUCCCUGCACUUCGUCCACCGGGACCUGGCCACCCGGAACUGCCUGGUGGGACACAACCUGGUGGUGAAAAUUGGGGACUUUGGCAUGUCUCGGGACAUCUACAGCACGGACUACUACCGGGUUGGAGGCCGGACGAUGCUGCCCAUCCGCUGGAUGCCCCCAGAGAGCAUCCUGUAUAGGAAGUUCACCACGGAGAGUGACAUCUGGAGUUUCGGGGUGGUUCUCUGGGAAAUCUUCACCUAUGGCAAGCAGCCAUGGUACCAGCUCUCCAACACUGAGGCCAUCGAGUGCAUCACCCAAGGGCGGCAGCUGGAGAGGCCCCGGACCUGUCCCUCGGAGGUCUACGACAUCAUGCAGGGCUGCUGGCAGCGAGAACCCCAGCAGCGGCAAACCAUGCGGGAGAUCCACCGCCGGCUGUCGGCGCUGGCCAAGGCCCCCCCGGUCUACCUGGCUGUCCUCAGCUAAGAAGCGAGAGGAGAGGGUCUCGUCCAUCCGGGACCCACCCCCAGCCCCAGAUAAACCUCACCAAAGAUUCCCCCACCCCACCCCACCUGUGGCACAAGUGGCGGAGGAGAUGCUGGCGGGUGGCCAUACGACCGACUUGCCCUUCCGCAUGCCUUCAGAGGAGCCGGGGCAGCUGGUGGCCCCUUGAGGGCCGAAGAGGACCCUGGAGAGGAGGACUGGCCAGAGAGCAUCAGCCCCUGGAUCCCACUCAGUCUUUAGUCCCAGUAGACAGACAAACUGACCGACCUCCGGCCGCCACUCCGUGGGGAGGGCACCAAACGCCGCCUCUGUGGUGGCCGGAGGGAGGGAGAGACGGUUUCCUUGGGGUGUCUAAGCCUGCUGUGGUGAGAGGCACACAAAAGGCAGCAGCGGCAGCUGUUCAGAAAGCAUUAUUUAUUGUGAUACGCUUUAGAUCUCUAUUGUAAUUAAUAGCUUCUUCUGCCAGGGAGGGGGGAGGGAGUGGGGGGGAUGGCAUUUGGGUGGAGAAUGUUCCGGAAGGAGAGGGGCAAGCAGGACAAGGGCCAGCUAUGCCCAGAACACGACCAAAGUUCUCCUUGUGGGUUUCUUGAUAUUAAACUCAAUUA